AGAGAGAGAGAGAGAGAAUGAGGCCUCAAAUAGUUCUAUUUGGAGACUCGAUCACGCAGCAGUCAUUCGGAUCAGGUGGAUGGGGCGCUUCCCUCGCCGACAAUUACUCUCGCAAGGCCGAUAUAGUGCUUCGUGGAUAUGGCGGAUACACCUCUCGUUGGGCCUUGUUCCUUUUGCAUCACAUUUUCCCUCUGGGCUCUGGAACACCUCCUGCUGUUGCCACUAUUUUUUUUGGAGCUAAUGAUGCAGCUCUGCUAGGGAGGAAUAGUGAAAAGCAACAUGUACCAAUUGGAGAGUACAAGGAUAAUCUAAGAAGAAUUGUUUAUCAUUUGAAGGAAUGCUCUCCUACGAUGCUAGUAGUGAUUAUAACUCCUCCACCUGUUGAUGAGGAAGGACGCAUGGCAUAUGCACGAUCUUUAUAUGGCGAGAAAGCAAUGAAACUUCCAGAAAGGACUAAUGAAGCUACAGAAGUUUACGCGAAGCAAUGUGUGGAGUUAGCCAAGGAACUAGGUCUCCCCUCCAUUAAUCUGUGGUCAAAGAUGCAGGAAACAGAGGGUUGGCAAAAGAAGUUCCUCAGUGAUGGGUUGCACCUUACACCAGAAGGCAAUGCAGUUGUACAUCAAGAAGUUGUGAGAAUUUUUAAUGAAGCGGGGCUUUCUGCUCCAGAAAUGCCAUAUGAUUUCCCUCAUCACUCGGAAAUUGAUGGGAAGAACCCGGAGAAAGCUUUCCAGCUACAAUGCUUAUGAUUUCUAUUUUCUACGCCGGUAAUUCUACUAGUGACCUUCAUUAGGCUUUUUUGCAUUUUUACCGCCAAAGAUUCCGAGGACCUUUCCAGUGAUUCUGGUAUUGAUUUGUAAUUGCUCCUAUUUUAUGAUCAAAAUAGUCUACUCUGCAUUGAGUAGAGUAGUGUGGACAUGUAUGGUUUCGCUUAUCAGUAUGGGCACGUAUUUGCUUAUCAGUAUUCGUUGCUAAAA